UCAGCAUUUCUUUUCUCACAGCAGAGUUUAGAAAGGGUCAGAGAGAGUGCGCCUAUCGCGGUAGCUCUCUGACAAGAAGGCACAAAGGAGAUGACCUUUUCAAAUAAACCAUUCGUUUAAUUCGGACUAUUUGUUUUAAGCUUCGACGUCAUGUGCGGUCUUGAAGCGUGUUUUUCUUCAUCCUAAACAAAUUUUAUGAAACUGGUUGCUAACAAGUUAGCUAUCGAGCUAACCCUUUUCCCCACAGUAAGACCAUCUGCCGCUUCCAUUCCUAAUACUGGCUGAAAUUUAGUUUCGAAUUGCCCUCAGCCACGGUGAGAGUAUGGAAAUGGAGCUCGGUAAACCUGCAAGCGACUUCACCCCUGUGAGUCUGGAGGUGGGCGCGGGCCGUGACUCAGUCCUCAGAGUUUCCCGUCCAGCUCUGGCCGAGAUUGGGCUGAAGGACUCCCCCUGCAUCAAAAACCUCUCCUCCCCCGGAGCAACCACCGUGCUGUCUCCUGUGACCAACCUGACACUCAACUUGGACAAUCUCGCCGUUCUUGAAAAGCAAUGUGAGACCCCCAAAAGGAAGAAACUAGAAAAAAAUGUGCCUUUGCUGAAGAUUCCAUCAUUCGCUUCAGACACUUCCUCAGAUGCAGGACUGGGAUUGGACUCUCCUAGCCCUGUAGACCCAGUGGAUGCGGAACAGAAGUUUGAGCAGGCCAUACAGAAUGCUACCAGAGUGAUAAAUGAAAGAAUGCCCAUUCGCAGGAUAAACUCAUUACCAUUGCGAUUGCUGGGUCACAGCCCCAAUCUGAGGAGUAAAGAUUCUGACACUCUUCGGUAUGGCAUCUUUAGUCAUAGCGGCACACUCGGCUUGGACAACAAGGAGAACCUGCAUGAUGCAAGUUUUGAGUUUAAGAAGCCCACCAAGCCUGUUUCUCGCUGUCGACUGCGUUCCACUGGGGAGCCAAAGGAAGCUUUUGCUAGCCGGCCCAGCUCUGCUCCUGCUCUUAUGCUUUCUCCUACCUCAUCUAAUCAGCUAGCCUCACCAGAUAGUGACAGUCCCUUCACACUGCGAUGCACAUCAUUUUCCAGCUUUCCUAAUGAUGAUGACGAUGGCUUUUUAGAUGUACUUGAUGAUGUAGAGACGGACUCUGAUGUACCUAUGGGAAUGGCUAGUUUGCUCACUGCUCCUCUGGUUGCUGACCAAAGCAUGGAAGCUGCAGUCUCUCCUGUUCGAUGUCGGCCACGAGGGCUGUUUCGCUCACCCUCCAUGCCAGCAGGAGGAGGCCGUGCUCCACUCAAAAGACCAGAUAGGCCCAGAGAUGAGAACACGCCUGUGCGUGUGAAGAGGAGGAGGAGUGUUGCUGGGUCACAUGUCACAGCCAUGGAGCAGGAGGAUGAUGUUCCUCAACAGGUUCAACGCUCAAAAUCUUUUAAUCAUUCAGAGAUAGAGAGACUACUGGACUCUGACCCCAGUAAUGUGAUAGGAGAUUUUACCAAGCCUCCUGCUUUGCCCACAGUGGAUGGAAGACACCAAGACUUGAAAUACAUCACUCCAGAAAUUAUGUGUGCAGCAAUGAACGGACAGUUCAGUGAUGUGGUGGAGAGGCUGUUUAUCAUUGACUGUCGCUAUCCAUACGAAUAUGAAGGAGGACACAUCAAGGGUGCACUAAACUUGCAUCAAGAGGACCAGGUUGAAGAGUGUUUUUUCAAACAGCCCAUCCUCUCAGAAUGCCCUGAAAAGCGUGUGCUGCUGGUAUUCCAUUGUGAGUUUUCUUCUGAACGUGGCCCACGAAUGUGUCGCUUUGUGCGUGAGAGAGACCGUGUUAUCAAUGAAUAUCCCAAUCUCCAUUACCCUGAACUCUAUGUACUAAAGGGAGGCUACAAGGACUUUUUCCCCCUACACAAGAUGGAAUGUGAGCCUCAGGAUUACAGGCCGAUGCAUCAUGAGGACUUUAAGGAUGAUCUGAGGAAGUUUCGCCUGAAGAGCCGGACAUGGGCUGGGGAGCGCAGCAAAAGAGACAUGUACAGCCGGCUUAAAAAGCUUUGAGGCACAUAAAAAUGCGUGCAGGGUUACUGCCUAAACUCACUCUCACACACUGUUCACAUGAUCAGUAUGUGGUAGUGACCUAAUGAAUUACGUUGGGUAUUACUCAAGUCAUCUGCCCAUGGUCAAAAAGCACACUUACUGCCUUAACUCAAUCACACACACCCCUUUUCCUGUGCUGGUGGGUUUGCUGUCAUUCCCAUUUUCUCCCCUAUUCCAGCUGAAGACCUCAAAGCACUUACAUUUCUAGUGUUUAUGGUGGAGAGUGCUCCCUUUAUUUUCUGAUGCAAAUGUAGUCUUUGUCCCUGCCAGUCUGAAUCUGAGCCAUUUAGUUAUUGUAACUACAGUUGUAUCAGAACCAGCCAGUGUUUAAAUGUCAUUACUCAAUUAUGUACAUUCCAGUAAUGUCAAUAUCAGUGGUUAUUUUAAAGAAGUUAUUUAACUGUUUUGAUAGAUUUUAAAAGUUGAGUAUGAAUGACUAGUGCUGUUCAAUUGUCAGAAUUUGAGUAAUAGUGAAUGCAGUGUGUGGGUUAUUUAGCCAUUUUGCACUGCCAUUUUAAAUUUUUUUUUUUUUUUUUUUUUUAAAUAUAUAUAAAGUCUCCCCUUUGAGAAGAUUUGAUGUUGAUACCUGUAUUUUUAUGUGAUUUGGAAACAAAUCAUUUAUAAGGGGUGGGAGCAAUGAGAUCAUAGAACGUGUCUAUGACUGCACUCAUUUGGGAGAACAGGCUUGGCGCUGAUUGCUGCUGGUCAGUGUUAGAUGACCACCAAUAUGCCCAGCAAUAAACCUGCAUGUAACAUCAGGGCUUUUUAAAUUUUUUUAAAAAAUGACAUGAUAUUCCCCCGAAUGUUAAUUUUGUGUGUAAGUGGGUGUAUUGAGUCUCUGUGCUUUUGGCUAUGUGUGAGAUCUGUGUAAACUGCAAUAACGAAGUUAUGUUGGGGAAAUAAACUACUAUAAUCUA